AUGCCUGCGAACGCCCAAUAUGAUGCAGCUGAUUUGAAGAGAGCAAUCGCGUCUGUCAGGAGAGGUACUGGUCUACGAGAAGCAGCGAGACAUUUCAAUGUGCCUCCGAGUACUCUACACAGGAAAGUCAAAAGCGACGACGAUGACCCUCAAAGACAAAGGCGUGGUCCGCAUCCUAUUCUGGGAGAGACUGAAGAAGACGUAGUGGAGUGGGUGAAGAAAAUGGCACGAAUGGGCUUCCCAGUCACUAUGUGUGCGUUGCAACAAGUCGGGCUGAAACUCGCAAAGCUGGCAAGCAAGAAUGGGAUCGAGAGAGCUGAGCAGAUAGUGUCUGCAGAAAAAUGGGUGCGAUUAUUCCGUGACCGGCACAAGGACCUUGUUCUGCGAAAAGCGGAACAUGUUUCGAACGCUCAAGCCAGUGUUUCCGAGAGCGACAUACGAUCGUUUUUCACAAGAAUCGAAUCCCGACUGGCUGAGGACAAUCUGAUGGCAAUCCUUCGCGAGCCUAGUCGCAUAUUCAACACGGAUGAGACCGGGAUGGCUCUCAAUCCUGAAGGAGGACUCGUUGUCGCUGAGAAAGGGUCUCGCGUUGUUUAUGUCCGAGGAGGCUCAGAAAAAGAGAUGGUCACAGUCCUCGUGACGGGGUCCGCUGCGGGGUCUCUAGCACCUACAGCGAUGGUCCUGCGGCGGAAGCGUUUACCUCCCGCUCUCACCAAUUCCGCUCGCGAAGGCUUCUGCGUAUUGAAAUCGGACAGAGGGUGGAUGACGGGCUCGGUUUUCCGCACAUAUCUCGAGUCGCAGUUCGUGCCUUUCUUAGUCAAGAAUGGCAUCCAGCGUCCUGUGCUGCUUUUUCUAGACAACCACAGAUCGCAUCUGACGAUGGAAGUAACCGAUUUUUGUGAAAGCCAAGGUAUCGUACUUUUGCCCCUCAUGCCCAACGCGACUCACAUAUUGCAGCCACUCGACGUAGCUGUGUUCAGACCGCUCAAAGCGAUUUGGUUCAAUACGGCGAGCGCGUGGAGGAUGCAAAAUGGAGGUCGAGCAAUGAGGAAGGACGAGUUCGUAGUGCUGCUGCAGAAAGCUUUCGAAAACUUCGAAUCAUCGUGGCUCAUCAACGGAUUCCGGAAAGCAGGGUUAUCACCCUGGGACCCCAAUGCGGUAGACUAUUCCAAAAUCUGUAGCGCGGAGGGAGCAGUAGAUGACGGCCAGAAUGAGUCGACGCCUCGAGAACGCUCCAUGUACGAUUUCAUGUUUGAUCUUGAAGAGCGACUGACAGUUGAGCAGCUCGAUUUGUUCCGCCAGCACGAUGGCAAAGAUUGGCACGGACCUGCACGCAUGAAAGAUCUCUAUAACCUAUGGUUGGAAGCCGAUCGGCGAGUCCGCGGAGAAAUCCCAUCUCCGCAAGAGAGCGAGGAAGAGCGCGCACCGUCAAGCUCCGAAUCUCUAUGCCAAGAAGACAUAUUAGCUGUCCCAGAACCCUAUAAGCCAAAACGCCGACUGAGUUGUUCUCACUCACUGUUCAUCGAUAGCUUCUGCGUUCCAGAAUAA